AUGUACUCCACAAGAACUAACUUCCCCAUCCUCAAGGUCCAAACUUUCCUCAUUCUGAUCGGUGCCUCUAUAUUAAAAGGGGAUCAAAAAAAGGCAUGGAGUCAUCUUCUAUCCGAGAAAAAAACUUAUCAAGGGUUAAUGGCUUGA